AUGUGCUGGCAGUGCAUCAAAGACAGGGUCACUGCUAGUGAAAGGGCAAGGGCAGCUCUCGCUAGAGCGUCCCAGCCACCCUUUCGACUACUUGACCUCCCCGCUGAGAUCGUAGGCAGCGUCUCCGACCGCCUUGAGGAUACUGACCUUCUCAAUCUACGUCGCGCAUGUCGAGCACUCAACGCGCACUCGGCCAACGCAUUCGGAAAACGGUUCUUCCAUCACCUCAUCGUCAUCCUACAUCCUACCAGCCUCACGACGCUUCUCGAGAUCUGCCAUCAUCCUUUGCUAUCUAAGCAUGUCCGCAAGAUCACUGUAAGUGGCGAACGCAUCGGACAGAGCAUAAAUGGAAUCGAACAACAAGACCUCCACAUGGAUCUGCAAGUCAGCGUCGAGCGCUCGGGCAUGGAUACGUUGACUCUCAAAGAAGCCUUUCGGGAGCUGGAGAAUCUAGAGAUGGUUCGAGUUGAUGUCGUCAGUUUCUAUCAUCUCGACCCAGAGCCAACAGACGACGGCAUCAGGUGUGGACGGGCCCACAUCAUCCCGGCAAAGCUCCUCAACCCCCCUGCUUCACGUGAGAGGCACGGAGACAGCGGUAAGAACCGAGUAUACGAUUUGAUCCCAAAGAUUCUCCUGGACGCCGGUGUACAUGAGAAGGUCGGUUUGCAGUUUGAGUUCUGGAACACGGAAUAUUCUAACGAAGAUCUGGUGACAUUCCUGGAUCUCGAUUGCGAAGUCUGGAAGUACGAGUUCACUCGGUAG